GCGGAGUAAGGCGCCCUGCGGCCAACUGGCCUCUGGGCCGGGGGCGACGGGCCCCCGGGAGGCCGAGUGCAUCUGUUGGACUGUGUGAGGUUCUUUAUUUCAGGAAGGACAUUUUCCUUGACCUUUAGGUGCUUUUAUCUUCAUCUUGAAAACAAAAUUCUGAACUCAGGACUUGGCAAGAGUUUCACUGCGGAAACAUUAAUUCCUCAGAGAGGCCUUCCCUGAACUCCAGACCAGGCAGACUCAUCGUGGCUAUAAAAUUUCUCGGGACCGCCUCCGCCUUCCCGAAACGCCGGCCCAACUCACUAGAGAAGACCACGACUCCGAGGGAACGCGACAGGUCCCAGGCGAGAUACACAGAGUCGGCGAGAACCGCGUGGCACUGCGCGCACUGGAAUACGACGCACCUCUCGGGCUGCAGCCAUGACGGUAGCCGCGGGCCGGCGGCCGGCUCCUCCGCCCCCAGCUCCGCAGGGCCGAGCGGCGAGGACCCCAUCACCACCUGCGUGUCCCACUCCAGGGAAGUCGUAAGAGAAGGUUCGUCAGUCGCCUUCUUAGCGCCAUCAUAGUCACCUGCGGGCAGCUUUGCAUAGCGAGAUCGAAGACGGAGAGGCGGCACGGCCAUCUUCCUGCAGCUGCCGCCUGUUUCGAAUAGGCACCAGGCCCCGCCCCAAGCGCGGUUCUUGCGUUCUCAUUGGACGUCAUGGGCCGUGUGUCUGCCGCGCACCAGUUACCUCUACCCGCUUCACACGCCCUUCGGUGCCUGCGUGUUGGCGACGUAAGGGGUAGAGCGUGCGUCUGAUAGGGCGGGAAAUCAGCCUUUGCAUUGGUCAGCGUCAGAAACCCCACCUUCGAGGCAUUUUCAACCAAUGGAAGUGCAGCAUCUCUCAUUUAAACCGUCUAUAAAGUUCUGCUUGGUUAACGCUUCGAGUAGCGCCAGAGUUUUGAACGGCGCUGCUUGGGUUGGUGAACUGAUCCUCUGCGUAUUACCUGUGUUGCGGAUCGCGAUGACGGUCCCUUCCCUGGAGAAGCUGGACUCCUUCAAGUACAGUGACCUGCAGAACUUAGCCAAGAGUCUGGGCCUUCGGGCUAACCUGAGGGCAGACAAGUUGUUAAAAGCCCUGAAAGCCCACCUUAAACACGAAGCAAGAAAAGAAAAUGAGAAUCAGAAUGAAAGUCAGACUUCUGCAUCCUCUUGUGAUGAGAAUGAGAUACAGAUUAGCAGCCAGGAACAAGCUGAGAGAGAGCUGGUUAGCCAUGUCACCAAAACGAGGAGAAGGCACAAGGCAGUCCAUGAGAACCCUGACUCCCAGCAGGAUUAUUCAGAGAUAAAAAUAAGUGAUCUCACUGAAUUCCAGAAUCAAGAAAAGCAGGAAAACGAGGAUCUCAGAACAACUACAACAGUUCCUUCUCUUCCAGAUGAGAGCCAAGAAGAUGAGAGUUCAGUUUCCUCAGGAAAAAGUGGAAUAAAUGAUUUAGGUAAUAAAAACUUAAAGGUACCCUCCGAAAUAAAGAAGUCUCUCUACACAGAUGGAUUUUCCAAACCUGGAAAAAAGAAAAGAAUUGCAACCACUACUCCAAACUUUAAGAAGUUUCAUGAGGCUCGUUUUAAGGAGAUGGAGUCCAUUGAUCAAUAUAUUGAAAGAAAAAAGAAACAUUUUGAAGAACACAAUUUGUUUAAUGAACUGAAGAAGCACGCUGUCGAUAAGGGAGGAGUAGUGACUCCAGUUCCUCUAAGAGGAAGACUCUCCGUGGCUUAUACUCCCAUCAGCCAGCAGCGCUCACAAGGCAGGUCUCGCGGCCCUGCAAGGCAGAGCACCCUGAGUCUCAAGGGGUCAGUCAAGCGCUCUGCGCUCUCUGCAACUAAAAUAAGUGUCAGGUUUUCAGCUGCUACUAAAGAUAAUGAGCAUAAGCGUUCACUGACCAAGACUCCAGCCAGAAAGUCUCCACAUGUGACCAUAUCAGGAAGUACCCCAAAAGGCCAAGCUGUGCUCAGGACACACAAGUUAAAGACUACCAAGGGGAAUUCUGCUGCUGUUAUUUCCCCAUUCAAGUUGACAACUGCAGCAACACAAACUCCAGUCUCCAAUAAGAAACCAGUAUUUGAUCUCAAAGCAAGUUUAUCUCGUCCCCUCAACUAUGAGCCUCACAAAGGAAAGCUGAAACCAUGGGGGCAAUCUAAAGAAAAUAAUUCUCUGAAUGAACAUGUAAAUAGAGUUAGUUUCCAUAAGAAAACUUACAAACAACCUCAUCUCCAGACCAGGGAAGAGCAACGGAAAAAACACAAGGAAGAACGAAAGGAGAAGAAAGCAAAGGUCUUGGGAGCUCGAAGGGGCCUCAUUAUGGCUGAAGAUUAAUAAUUUCUUAACAUCCUAUAAAUACUUUAUUCUGAACCUUUUUUCCUUCUGUAAAUAUUUUUAUACUGUCUUCCCCACUUCAAUCAGAUCUUUUUCUGCUGUUGACUUUGUUCAUGAUCUGUGUAGUAUCCUUGCUUCCUUCGUGUGCCACAUCUCUGAAAAGACAUUAUCACCUUAAAGCUCACAAAUUCUUUGAAAUGGUUUUUACGUAAGUCCCUAUACAAUUCAGUUUUCUAAUUAGACCCAUCUUAGAGGUUUUUAACCUAGAUUUUUUAAUGUCAAGUUCCCUGUGCUGGUUCUAAUAUUAACAACUGCAGCCCUCUUCUAGGCUAAAUAGCAUUUACCUGAUGGCAGCUUAGUUAUAUCAUAAGAUUUGGUAGAACUUGAAUAAGAGGAAUAGGGUAAGCCAGGAUAGAAGGCCACCUCUUCAUCCUCUAGAGAAUCUAGUAAUCUUAAUAAAAAUGAUUUGGGUAUGGCAUCCAUGUUUUACCUAUGUGAAAUGUUUUGUUUUGCUUAUGCUUAUAUGCAUCUUUGUUCACAUUACUUCAUGUAAUUGUCAUGUCACUAUAUUCUUAAAAACAAAGCUCUACAGCUCACUCUAGCUUUGCUUAUUUAAAAAUAAAAACUGCAGGGCCCUAUCAAAAUUUGAGGAUUACUGCUUUAAGGAUUACUAUGCUCUAUCAAACUUACACCUUAUUCAUUUUAUGGAAAAGACUAGAGUUGCUUAGCAUCACAUCCAUGUUCACUGCACCUAAGUAGAGCUUCUCAGUUUUGUACUACUCAGGAUUUUCAUAAAUAAAAUGUUUUCUCCGUGU